GACUGAAAACUGACACUUGAAUCGGUGAAAAAAUUUCAUAAAACCAGUUCAACAGCCGCACAGAUUUGAACAAUUUGAGAGAAAUUCUGUGCAAUUUAUAUAAAUUCAUUUUUUUAAGCGAUAGGCUAUAAAAUCGAAAGACAUUUUAUACAUUUAUUUUGUCUCCUCAUUUAAUAGUCAUUGCGAUCGUCAGAAUAAAUUCUCAGUUCGUAUUAUAUUAAUUUUGAAAAUAUUUAAGAAACGUGAUACUCUGAUACUAUUAUUUUCUGUUUUAUUAGUCACAUGCUUCAAAUUUAACGAUAAGAAAAAACAUACCAACACCUUUUAUCAUUGUUUCGAACGCUGUGAUAACAAAUAAAAUAGCUUCGCCGGAUAUGAUGUUCACUUUUUCAGUUUCUUUUUUCUUGCUAAUAUGUUACCCUGUAGUAAUAUUAUCAGCUUCAAAGAUUGAUCCCGAGUGUGAUUACAAUAUUACACAAUUAAUUCAAAGUAAAGGUUAUCCAUGGGAAGAACAUAAAGUAACAACCGCCGACGGUUACAUUCUUGGUGUUUUUCGUAUUCCACAUGGCCAAAAUGCAUCAUCAACAACGCCAGGUCGACCUGUUCUUCUUCAACAUGGACUUCUCGAUUCAGCUACAUCAUGGGUAAUUAAUUUCCCUGAACAAAGUCUUGGUUUCAUUCUUGCUGAUGCUGGCUACGAUGUUUGGCUUGGCAAUGUACGAGGAAAUCGUUAUUCUCGUGCUCAUGUUAAAUACGAUCCUGAUCACGAUGAAGCUUUUUGGGAUUUCAGCUGGGAUGAUAUGGCACAAGAUGAUCUUCCAUCAAUGAUCUAUUACAUUUUAAAUCAAACCAAACAGACACAAAUCGGUUAUGUUGGCCAUUCACAAGGAACACUCAUUGGUUUCGCUGAAUUUGGAAAGUUGAACAAUGAUAUUCAAAAGAAUGUUAGUUUCUGGGCAGCACUGGCACCAAUUGCUCAAGUAGGACAUCAAAAAACACCUUUAAAAUACUUGGAUACGGAUAGCAAAGAGCUAGAAAAAUACUGGCACAAGUUAUUUGGUCGCAAUGAAUUUCUUCCAGCAUCAAAUAUUUUGCAAUGGCUUGGAAAAUUUGCUUGUGGAGAAUUCUUUUUCGAUCGAUUAGUAUGUGAAAAUAUGCUGUUUAUUAUUGGUGGACCAGAUAGAAAAAAUUUGAAUGCUUCACGUGUUCCUGUCUAUGCAUCACAUGGACCAUCAGGAACAUCUGUGCAAAAUAUGGUUCAUUUCAUGCAAUGUGGGCGAUCAAAUCAAUUUCAGGCUUAUGAUUACGGCUCUGCAGAGCAAAAUCAAUUGCGCUACAAUCAAACAACUCCACCUAUAUAUUCUAUUCGUCCAAUGAAAGUUCCAACAGCAAUAUUCUGGGCAGGUGAAGAUUGGCUUGCUGAUCCAACUGAUGUUGCCUAUAUUUUUGAUAAUAUCGAAAGUUUAGUCUACGAAAAAUAUAUUCCAAAUUACAAUCACUUCGAUUUUGUUUGGGCAUCAACAGCAAACAAAAUAAUAUAUCAAGAUUUAAUCAAUGUCAUGAAAAAAUAUCAUCCAAUAUAA